CACUGCCGUCGGAGGUGAGAUCCGGGCCUCGAUGGAGCCGACCUCGGGGCCUCGCCGGAGUUCCACCCAGGAGCCGGAUGGCCCAUACGACGGAGCGGAUCGCAUCAGCGCCCUCCCCGACGACCUGCUCCUCGACAUCCUCGCCCGCCUCCCCUGCGCCGGCGCCGCCGCGCGCACUGGCGUCCUCUCCCGCCGGUGGCACGGCCUCUGGGCCCGUCUCCGCCAGAUCAUCUUCCGCGACGUGCCCUUCCUCUCGCUCGAGGCGGCGCUCGGCCGCGUCCCUCCUCCCCCGCCAGCGGUUUCCCUCCUCGGAAUCCGCGUCCCCCAGAAGCGGUGGCGCAGCGUCUUGGCCAUCCCCAACGAGGACCAGGUAGACAGCGCCGUCGUCAAUUCGCUGCUCCGGGCCGCGGCGCGGCUCGCGCCAGAGAAGCUCGUCUUCCACCUUCCUGCCUACUUAAUCGGCCGUUUCCGUCUCGCCGUCGACCUGCCUCGCCUGGACGGCGCCACCUCCAUCGCGCUGGGCUUUCCCUCCCCCUACUCCCUACGCUUGCCGGACGGUGCCGACUUCCCAGCACUCGAGGCGCUGUCCCUGACAUACUGCAGCACCGACCUCGACGCCUGGCUCUCCUGCUGUCCGCGCUUGCGCACGCUCCGCGUCUGCAGGGUCUUGUUUCCUAACCACAAGUGCGACAUUAGGGUCAACUCCCUGUCGCUGCAGGAGCUUGUUGUGUACCGCGAGCUCAGCUUGACACAGCAAGUCGACAUCGUUGCGCCAGCGCUGAAGGAAUUGACCAUGUCAUUUAGAACAAAGAAGCUGAUCAGCAUCUCUCUCUUGACACCAUUGGUGGAAAAGGUUUCGUGGCACUGCUACUACUCGGGGCCGUAUAUUGUGUUUGGUCUCUGGGGCAUCAACAAGUUGCAGCUACAGACGGCAGACAAACAAGGACAGCUAUCCUCCCUGCAAAUUCAUGCCUACGCGGACACGUCUUUUCUUCACGCCGAGGCGGGCAACUUCGCGCAGGAGAUAGAGAAACAUAUGGUUGCCGCCUUCUCUGUUUUAGAGCUGCAUCUCACAGCAAAGAGGCAUGCUUUUGGAGUGUUUGUGUUUCAUCUCCUUGGGAUGGAUCGGAUUCGUACUGCUACGCGGAGGCUUAAGGUCGACCUACAGAGAUCAGCGAUGAAAGAAGGAUGCACGCCACUUUGUCCUUGUGAGUUUCCGAACUGGAAGUCCCAAAUUAUCUGCUUGGCUGCUCUCGAAGAAGUGGAGUUCAAUGGCUUAGAAGGAGAGGAUCAUGAGUUUGAUUUACUUAAAUUGAUACUCGGAUGUGCACCGAUGUUAAAAAGAAUGAUCGUGAAGCUGUCAGAGGAGACCUCGGCAAGUAAUGAUGGAUGCGCAAAGAUAUGCAACAUCUUCAAUGCAUGUUCUUCUGUGGACUGUGAUGUUUAUGACAGCUCUGACGCAAAGUCUUCUUCUUUGGCAGGUUCUUUGAAGAAGUGGUGCAAGAAGAAAAAGCCCUUCCAGCAAGAGCUUUUGGAAAUUGAGUCCAGUCAAACACCAAAUUGGGCCAAAUCUGCUAUUCUUUUUAGUACUCAUGUUAGUCAAACCACUAUUCAAGAGAUUAAGCAAGUUUUUCCUGUUUCUAUCAUGGAUAACAAUUUCACCCACCUUGGUCAUCUGCUUAUUCUUCCUGCUAAAAAUAGAACUGCUGCUUACAACUUUGUUAUUGAUAAAUUUCUGAAUAAAUUGCCUGCUUACAAAGCUAAUAUGCUCUCUCAUGCUGCUAGGCUUGAGCUCAUUAGAUGUGGUUUAUUGCAGGGAACAGCAGCCACUGGAGUUGGUAUCUACAUUUCUUUGCCGCACGAUCAGAAGGAAGUCAGCGUGCAGAUUCAAGCUUCCACCUCAAUUACAAGUACUCCUCUGCAGGCUGAAGCGUUUGCUCUUCUCUUGGCUGCAAAAGUAGCUAAAUGUCUCAACAUCAGCCAGCCGACCUUCCUCACAGACUGUCUCUCUUUGGCUUCAUUUGCGGCUAGUAGAAAGAUUACUGAAACUGCUACCCCUUGGACUAUCAGGAAAGUUUUAGCUGAUUUCUUCUGCUACUCUUCAGACCUUCAACCUAGAGUGUUCCAUAUUUCCAGGGAAAUUAAUGAAAUUGCUCACAACGUCGCUCAUCAGGUUCUUACAUCAAAUGUAGAACCUGACAUAUGUUGUUUUGCUUCGGCUCACAGGAACAUGGCUUGCCCUGUAGUUUCUCUCCUCUCUAAUUUCGAGUUUGAGGGCUUUGUAAUUCAUGCUGUACGUUGCUAUUGA